CCUCUCAAAGCUAAGCACGACAACUGGUGGAAAGCAGCCGGAUAGAAUUAGGGAAAGGUUUUGCAGACAAAUUGGUUGACGACUUGACAGGAAGAUAGAAAACGAGGAAAUUUAGGAUGGCAACGACUAGAAGUGGAAAUGCAGAGGUUGCCAGUCUUCAAGUCCAACUGAAGACGAUCUCCCCAACACUAAAUAAAGUAAUGGAUGGACAAGGAGAGAUAAAAUACAAUAAUACAAUAAAACCAGAGAAUUUCAUGGAUAUAAUGGCGAAAAUGUGGCAGAGUGGCUGAAAAAAUAUGAGGCUAUUGCCGGCUUUAAUGGAUGGAGCAAAGUGAGAAAAGCCCAAGGUUUCCCCUUAUUCCUGGAGGGACAAGCACUUAUUUGGUUGUUAAGCCAAACAACAACGAAUCAGUACAACCUGAAAUCAUGUUAAUUAGCAAUAAAGAAGAUUUAGAACAAGUCAUUCGUAGUAUGAGGGAAAUUGAUUUUGAGGGCGAGGUAUGGCGCCACUGUCCUGAUACAAAAUGCCGCCCCUAUAGGAUCAAUCACAUUCAUUGGGAGAUCCAAUCAGAAUUUCAACUCGGGGAAGGUAUAUUACCUGAUUACAUGAGGAAAAAUAAAGGCAUCAUUGGUUUAAAAAAUAAUUUUGAUCGAAGACCCUUCAAACACAAGCUCUGCACUUUUCUUUGCUUGGCCUAACAUCGUACCAAGAAAAUCAGUUCAGUCAACAAAGUAGCCAUGAAAUAUCUGAAAAAAUUGCGUCAAGUCACAGACAAAGAAAAGAAGCAAAUCGUCUUUUUUCAGACAGAACUCUCUCUCUUUGGAGAUAUUUUCCAGAUCAAUAUCAAUGUUUACAUGCUCAAGGAAGAUGGAAAAGUGGAGAGAGUCUACAAUUCCACCAAGAAGUUUGAGGACACUAUAAAUCUGAAUGUUUAUAACAGACACCUGAG